UCACUUCUAGUCACGUGAGCAGAGUCGUUAAGUGGGGAGUUAAUUCGUUGCAGUUGUGACGGUGUAAAUUGAUGCUGAGCAAAAGUUUGAUUCACGAUAUUUACCUUUCCUCAAAUUUUACAAAAAUAUUAUACUUUGUUAAUAUAAGUGCAAUUAUCAAGAUGGGUAAAGGCUUUAAUAAUUAUAUGUGUAAAAAAUUCUUUCAUCCAGCUUCCAGGGAUAAUUUGAAGCGAGUAUGGAUGGCUGAGCAACAAGCUGAAGCUUAUAAAAAAAAACAAGAAGAAUUGCGAAUGCAAUAUGAAAAAGAGCAAGAUCUUCAUAAUAAUAAAGCCUUGUUAAGUAAAGAAAGUAAAGAGAAACUCAGUGUCAAUUUUAUGUAUGAACCACCUCCAGGAGCUAAAAAAGAAAGAGAAAAAGAAGAUAAUGAACCUGAAUAUAAAUUUGAAUGGCAACGUAAAUAUAAUGCACCUAGAGAAAGUUAUUGUAAGGGAGAUAGCGAAAUUAGAGACCAACCUUUUGGUAUUCAAGUACGCAAUGUCCGUUGUAUAAAAUGUCAUAAGUGGGGCCAUAUAAAUACAGAUAAAGAAUGCCCUUUAUACAGUCAAGCAAUGAGUGUUGUACUGGCUAUCAAUAAUAAUACAGAUCUACUUCCACCAGCACCUGAUGCUUUAGCACUAGUUCAACAAAUGAGAGAUGAUGGUCUAGAAUUAAAGAAAUCAGCUCUUAAUGCCCAACAACAUUUAAGUGUACCUCAUAAUCAAGAUCUAAUGGUAUCAGAAGAUGAACAGUCUGAAGUAGCAUUUUUAAAAUCAUUAUCUAAAAAAGAAAAGAGGAAACUACUUAAAAAGUUAGAAAAAUUGGAAAAGAAAAGGAUAAAAAAGAAGAAAUCAAAGAAAAAGAAAAAUAGUUUGAAAAAUAGUUGUAGCAGUGAUUCUAGUAGAAAUAGUAAUGUAAGUGAUAACUUUUAUUUCUGUUUAAAAAAAGAAAAGAGUGAAAAAAGAAAGAAUGAGAAAUUAAAAAAAAAAACUAAGGAAAUCAGUAGUUGGAAGCAAAGCUAAUUAAUUGAAUAUAAAUCAGAAACUAAGAUUACGGAUGAGAAUGAAAAUAAAAAUGUCUCAU